ACGCGAAAGAGGCCGAGCUGGAGCGGAGCUGUCCGGAACAUCCGGCUGUAGCUUCUCAACAUAAACAGCUAUGGCGGAGGCAGCAGCAGCGUCUACGGCGGCUUCUGGAGUAAUAGGAGGCUGGACCAAACACGUAACCUGCAGAUAUUUCAUGCACGGACUUUGCAAAGAAGGAGACAACUGUCGAUAUUCCCAUGACCUGACCAACAGCAAACCCGCAGCCAUGAUUUGCAAGUUCUUUCAGAAAGGAAACUGUGUGUUUGGGGACCGUUGCAGGUUUGAACACUGUAAACCGGCAAAAAACGAGGAGCUGCCUGCCCCCCAGAUGCUGCCGCUGUCCUCCGUCUCGCUGGCCGGCCCGUCAGACCCAGAACCCAGUGGGCCAACACCUGGCCCAGGGGCACAAGACUGGGUCAACGCUGCUGAGUUUGUUCCAGGACAGCCAUACUGUGGACGGGCUGAGCAAGCGAAGGUGGAGAGCUCCGUCCCUCUCAUUGAGGAGUUUGACAGUGACGCUGCACUGGACAACAAACAGUUGAGGAAGCAGCUCUGUCCGUAUGCAGCCGUCGGUGAGUGCCGCUACGGAAUCAACUGUGCCUAUCUCCACGGCGACGUGUGUGAUAUGUGUGGCCUUCAGGUGCUCCACCCCACUGACAACAACCAGCGCUCCGAGCACACUAAGGCAUGCAUCGAGGCCCAUGAGAAAGACAUGGAGAUUUCAUUUGCCAUCCAACGCAGCAAGGACAUGAUGUGCGGUGUGUGUAUGGAGGUGGUGUUUGAGAAGGCCAACCCGAGCGAGCGCCGUUUUGGCAUCCUCUCCAACUGCAGCCACUGCUACUGUCUAAAGUGCAUCCGCAAGUGGAGGAGUGCUAAGCAGUUUGAGAGCAAAAUCAUCAAGUCUUGCCCAGAGUGUCGAAUCACAUCCAACUUUGUCAUCCCAAGCGAGUACUGGGUGGAAGAUAAGGAUGACAAGCAGAAGCUCAUCCAGAAAUACAAGGAUGGCAUGGGGAGUAAACCGUGUCGAUACUUUGACGAGGGUCGCGGGACGUGCCCUUUUGGCUCAAACUGCUUCUACAAACAUGCCUUUCCCGACGGACGGCUGGAGGAAGCUCAACCCCAGCGAAGACAGACCGGAUCCAACAGCAGAAACCGGAACGCGAGGCGAACACCGCUGUGGGACAUCUAUGAUGAGCGGGAAAGCACCGAUUCCUUCGACAACGAGGACGAGGAGAUGGUGACAUUUGAGCUGAGCGAGAUGCUCCUCAUGCUGCUCGCCGCAGGAACCGACGACGAGGUGACAGAUUCAGAGGAUGAAUGGGACUUGUUUCACGAGGAGCUGGACGAUUUCUAUGAAAUUUACCUAUAGCAGCCCCACCCACUAACCUCCCCAGUCCCCAUGUAUACUAGAAACUAGAAUGGACUGUCUUGUGUGAGUGAUGGACAGUAGCUUUUCCCCACCCCUUGUAUUGUGGCAGUGCCUUUAAGCAGGCCAUUAAUAAAUGAACUUAAAAAAGAUAAAAUAAAAAAAAAAAAAUAAAAAAUCCAACAAGUCAGUGCGCUCGUGCUAAACAUUUUCUAGACAUCUAUCCUUGUGAGUCUAUCUUGUGCGGUUCAUGUUAAAAGGAAGAAUAUAAAAAUAACAAAAUGAACUCAGUAUAAGAUUCAACAAAAAUUAUAACUUUCUUCAAAUAUUGCUAAUAAAAAUGGUUAAGUUCA